UUAAACCGUAUAAAUCAUGAAAGCUUAAAGAAGUCCACACACAGAGAAAAUGAACUCAGCUUCCUGUUUAUCAGAAUGAUGGGAGGAGCUGUGUGAGCACUUCAGGUAUGAGAUCAAAAGUGAAAGUAAAAUUAAACAAGUUACUGCUUGAUCACACAAACGCUCAUAAACAGAAUUUAUUCAGACGCUGUAGACGAUUGUGAACAAACUUAAUGUUGAGCUGAAGCUGUGUUUUGGAGUGAUGGAGUUCAUUUGUGUGACUCUGAUGAUUAUUAUUGGAAUCACAGAUUCAACAGCAGAUCAGUUUGCUGUUGUUGGACCUGUAGCUCCUCUCCUCGCUGUAUCUGGUGAAGAUGUGAUUCUGCCCUGUUCUCUCAAACCCAACAUCAGUGCUGUAAACAUGAGAGUCGAGUGGUUUAGACUUGAUCUCAAAGACUCAGUAGUUCAUCUCUAUGAAGAUCAUGAAGAUAAAAACACAAAUCAGCUUCAGUCGUACAGAGGAAGAACUGAAGUGUUUAAAGAUGAACUACAGAAAGGAAACACAUCACUUAAACUCUCAAGAGUUCAGAUCUCUGAUGAAGGACUUUAUAAGUGUUUUAUUCAGUCCAAAACCAACUAUGAUGACAUCACUGUUGAUCUCAGAGUUGAAGCUGUAGGUAGUCCUCCACUCAUCACUGUAGAUGGAUUUGAUGGUUCUGGUGGACUUCAUCUUCAGUGUGAAUCUAAAGGUUGGUACCCUGAACCUGAACUUGUGUGGCUGGACAGUGAAGGAGUCACUUUGACAUCUGAAACUACAGACAAACAGAGAGAGACAGAUGGAUUCAGAGUGAAACACAUGAUCACUGUAUAUAACAGAGACAGUAAAUAUCACUGUAGAGUCAAACUGAGACAUCACAUGAUGGAGACUGAGAUUAUUACAUCAAGUAAAAUGUUUAACUCUUUGAGGUCAUCAGUGAUCUUGAUUUCUGUUGGAUCUGUGCUCGGUGUGAUCGCUGGAUUAUUGAUCACUGUGUUCAUCUAUAGACACAGAGGACUGCAGAGAAAGGACCAGAGACUAAAGAGAAAGGACCAGAGACUAAACAAUGUAUGUGAGAGACUUUCACUGAUAGAGAACGGGACAGUAAAAGAUUUGAAAUCACUGUUAAGGAGAUAUGCAGUGAAUGUGACUCUGGAUCCUGAUUCAGCUCAUCCACAUCUCAUUGUGUCUGAUGAUGGGAAACAAGUGAGAUAUAAACAACAAUUAGGAACAGUGAAGGAUGGAGAUCAGAAGUCAAAUUACAAGUUUGAUAAAGAGCUCUGUGUUGUUGGAAAUGAAGGAUUCACCUCAGGGUGUUUUUACUAUGAGGUGAAGGUGAAGGGGUUAAUUAGGUGGCUUGUUGGUGUGGCCAGAGAAUCUGUUGAGAGGAAAGGAUUCAUUUAUCUGAAUCCUCAGAGUGGAUACUGGGUGGCUGGUUUGAAAAGAGGAGGGUAUCAGGCUAGUGAGGAUCCACAUGUUCCUCUUUCCCUGAGUUUGGCGCCUCAGAGAGUUGGGGUGUUUGUGGAUUAUGAAGAGGGUCAAGUCUCUUUUUAUGAUGUUGAGUCUAUGUGUCAUAUCUACUCUUUUACUGAUCAAUCUUUUAAUGAGAAACUAUAUCCUGUUGUUUCUUUAGGUCAUAUUAAUUUAACACAUGUCUCAAAAGCACCACUCAUCAUCUGCAGUGAUCUCUCAUAAGAUCUGAUAAAUAUCUUAUCUAAAAAUAUGAAUCCUCCUAAAUAUAUAACGUGUGAGGCUGUAUAACAAAUCAAACACAUGAAUAACAAUCACACAGUCGUGUCAUUUACACCAGACUUUAACUCAUUUGUUCUUUCAGCUGCUGUGGUUUUAUCUUCAGCAUAUGUGAUACACUCUGUAAAAACCCAGCUAAAGUCAUUGAAUUGAUGUCUAUAAAACUGCAGUGGUAAGAUUUGUUGGCUGUUGUGAUAAGAAUUACUUUCAGAUUAAUGCUAUUAAAACUGAGAAGGUCAUCACAGACCUCAGAUCAGUGGGAGAAAGGAGCUGUGAUGUUGUUCACAGUCAAUCAAAGUUAAGGUUGCUUCUUAUUAUUUGGGGUCCACAUCGAUUGAUUAUGAUUGUUUAUAGUAAGUGUCACGGAGUGACUCGGUAGGGCUGAAGCAAAAUGAGAGAAGAGGUUCCGCCCGGACCGAAUUUCACAAACACCGGCACUUCCGGGUUCCCCGGGAAUCUCCAAAAAUUACACGGAAUCGAUCACAGUGUAAACAACGUGGCGAGUGGUGAUUGGGUGAAUCAUGCCAGGAAGAGUGGUAUAAAGAGGAGAGUACAGAUACAGGAAGGGCGCUGUUGUAUUGGGAAGGACGCCGCGAGUGCACGCUGGGUUGAACUACGAGUGUGGGAAACGGCAUUGUUUGGAGUUGCCUCUGAGAUCUGUGGAGAGAGAGAGAGUCAAAAGUCAAGGGAGGGUGAGAAAGGGACUUACACAAGCGAGUUAAUAUAUUAAUUACUGUCUGUGUUUACAAGAAGGUCUGGGCGAGUCACGUUGGUGGAGUUGGAUGCAUGGUGGAUUCCCUGGAAGAAAAGGAAACAGAGGAUAGAUCGAUUAACAAUAUACAAGCUGUGAGUACCGCUCAAUUACAAGCCUGUGAUAUCUACUUACAUAACCAAGGAAGAGUGUUAUCUGUUCAUAGCGGCCCCACCAUGUAUGUGUGACGGGUGGGUGAGCCGGAGUAUGUGGACUGUGCUGACGCUGGGUGCUGAAGCUACUACGAUCAGGUUCGAACAUUGCUCGGCGUAGUGAUUCCGACCCCCCCCCCCAGAGCCGGUCUAGCCAGGAGAGGAGUACGGACCCUAAAUAUUCACUGGAGUGUGUGCUGUGCAGCGUGUGAGUGACUUAUUUGAUGUGAGUACACCUGAAGGUUUUGCAGUGUUGUGCCGUGUCCUUGUUGUCUGUACUUACCCCAGGAAGGAUCAGGCCUCCGUGGAGACCAACGGGAGCUGCCGAGACGGUGAGCGUCUAACCAAAUAACUUCGCGACACGACUAUAGCCAGCGGGAGUCCAACGGAUCCAUUUCAGUGAGGUACUGUGGGGAACAUUGUAGCCAGACUUGAACACGUAACGUCACCCUGUCAUUGCUGGUUGGACCCCCCUUUCGAUCAUCCUCUGACCCCCCAGCUUCCCCUGAGGGAGAGAAGCCGCCACAUUUUAGAUUCCCUUCCCUA